AUGCUGAGCGCGGGCAGGCUCGGCUCCGUGCUGCGGGGGACACGCGCGCCGCCGCCGUCCGCGGUCGCCCGCAGGUGCCUGCGCGUGUCAGGGUCGCGGCCGGCGGCCGACGAGAGCGAGAGGCCCGGAGGGCCGCCCCAGGCCUUCGACCCGGCGCUGCUGGAGUUCCUGGUGUGCCCGCUCUCCAAGAAGCCGCUCCGAUAUGAAGCAUCGACAAAUGAAUUGAUUAAUGAAGAAUUGGGAAUAGCCUAUCCAAUUAUUGAUGGGAUCCCUAAUAUGAUACCACAGGCAGCUAGGAUGAUGACAACUCAAAAUAAGAAGCAAGAAGAUAUGGAGCAGCACUAG